CAGAGAAGAAAAAACACCCAUCAAUAUUCUAGAGAAUUUGUGAAAUGAACAUGAAUUUGCAUAAUAAUCUCAGCGGUUUAAAUAUGAUAGAAGAAUAUGCUUUUUCCUUCCUUGUUUCAAAGACAUUAUUUACUGCCUCUGAGCUGGGGGUGUUUGAUGUGCUGUCCCAGUCUGAGGAUCCUCUGUCGGCAGCAACUCUUGCUGAGCGUUUAGGCACAAGCCCCACAGGAACGGAGAGAUUACUCAAUGCUUGUGUUGGAUUAAAACUUCUUGAAAGGAAUAUGCUGAAUGGUGAAGUUGUCUAUAAAAGUACUGAACCCUCCAAUGUAUACCUUGCAAAGAACAGUCCAAAAUCCAUAUAUAUGUCAUUGCGAUAUUUUUCUAAAGAGGUUUACAAUAUGAGCAACUACUUAGAGGAUGCAGUCAGGGAAGGAACAUGGCAGAAAGAGAAAGUAUUUGGAAUGUCAUCAACUGAAAUGUAUGAUAUUUUAUACAGAUCAGAAGAGCAAUUGUUAGCAUUCAUGGGGCAUAUGGACGGUUUAUCUAUUCUCAGAGGCAAAGAAGAGCUGAUUUCUGCAUUUGAUCUUUCAUCAUUUCAUACCAUUUGUGAUCUAGGAGGCUGCUCUGGGACUAUUGCAAAAGUGUGUGCUGCUAAAUAUCCAGAAUCUUCAGUUUUUGUCUAUGAUCUACCUAAAGUAGUGAAUGUUGCUAAGAAGUAUAACGCAGCAGAGGAACAUCAGAUUACAUUCCAGGAAGGAAACUUCUUUCAGGAUCCUCUUCCAGAAGCUGACCUGUACAUUCUUUCACUUAUAACGCAUUGCUGGGCUGAGGAUAAAUGUUUACAUUUGCUAAGAAAAAUUUAUAAUGCCUGCAAACCAGGUGGUGGAAUACUUAUGGCUGAAGCUAUCAUAAAUGAAGACAUGAGUGGACCUGUUACAUCCCAGAUGCUGGACCUCAUAAUGAUGAUGUUCGGUGAUGGCAGAGAGAGAACUGCUAAAGAAUACAAAAAACUUCUGAUUGCAGCUGGAUUUAAAGAUAUCAGAUUUAGUAUCAAUGGAAAGCUAAGUGAAACCAUUCUUGCAAUAAAAUAAAAUAUGGUUGGAUAGGGAACAUACACCUCUACCAUGACAUGAUCUUUCUUUGGGAACAGUACCUAAAUGCCAGUUGAUUUAAUAAUAAUAAUAAAAAAAAAAAAAAAAAUGAUAUAGGUAAUUAUAUGCACGGGUUAAGAGUGGUAUCUCUUCUUGUGGGUGUUUAUUCUGUUUCCCCUUUUCCGCACUUGUGUAUAUGUUAUCACUAAAGGUCUGUUUAUGGUAAAAAUAAUACGCUGACAACAAAGGACAUUCCAUGCAAGACCCCUUCUGGGAAACCCCCUUGACAUGUUGAGACUCAUUGCAAUUUUUUUAUGGACAGUUCGAAGAAAUAAUAUGCACAUAGGAAAAACUGUUGCUCAUAGCAGCACCUAAGAGUUCUAUCUGUCUUAUUGUUACUUUUUUGUUCGUUUUGUUAAUUGUUGUUUUUCUCUUUGUAAAAACUCAAUAAAUAUGAAUAAAAAAAAUAAAAAAAUAAAAAAUAUGGUUAUUCAUACCCACUUCUGACAGAAAAGCUAUGAUUACCUUUAACAUAAUCUGUAAUUGUUUAUUGUGUUAUGAAAAUCAGGGAACACCCAGACUUUUUAAAAUGGAGGCCAAGUCAUAAAUGCAUUAUACCUAGGAAAUAUGUAAUACACACACUAAAUUACCUAAUGAUAUAUAUAUACUGUAUAACAAAUUAUCGAUAUUAUCUGUUUGGUGUGUUGAGGAUUACAGGAUGGCUGGCUGUUGUUGGGGGUCCGUAGUUUGGAUAAUGUGAUAUAAAAAAAUAUCCGUAUAAGGUGACCAAUUAAUGUUAUGUGGUCUUCAAUUAAAAUUAAACCCAAAUGUUAUUUUAAACUAUAUUGCAACUGUUUUAUGCCUGUUUUUUUUUUGUUAAUAAAGAUCAGAUGUACUAGAAAUUCAUUUAAAUCGUUUUAAAAAAAAAAAAAGCAAAAUAUGUCCUCAAUUGUUAUAGCACUUAUAUACAAAGCAACAUUUCAAGAAUUUGCCAUUUGUGGAAGCUUAUACAAUCUUAUAUAUUACUGUAUCAGCCUGCUGGUCCAUUAUCAUUUCACAUGCAACAAAAAAUAAUUUGUUCUGUGGAGAAAAUACAAUAAAAAUCAAAUCAUUUAA